AGAGAGAGAGAGAGAGAGAGAGAGAGAGAGAGGGGGCACGGGCUAUUUUUCACGUAUCUCUCCGAUCCUCUCCAAAAACAUCCAUUUCAGACACUAACGGUUAGCGAUGGAGAGUUUGCUGGACAACCCCAUGAAAGCUGUGCUUUAUCUCAAAGAGCUUACGACCAUCGUACAAAACCAACAGAGCCUCAUACAGACCCAGCGGCAGAGAAUCGACGAUCUCGAGAGAAAGGUGCAGGACCUGAUUGGAGAAAACCGGCGCCUGAGGGAUCCGCAUCCGCAUCAGCAUCACCAGCAUCAGCAGCCGCAGCAUCAGCAUCCACCUCCUCCUCCACCGAGGAGCAGCAGCCCAGCGCCACCAUCCGGGCCGCAUCCUCUACCGGCCGGAGCUCCGGGCCAGGCUUCGCAACAUCACCCUCCUCCGCCGGUGCAUCAUCACCACCACCCUCAUCAUCAUCCCUCUCCGCCGCGACAGCUGCAGCUUGUUCCCGCUGCCCCACCAUCCAGCGCCGGUUCUCCUCCUGAGGAGCGGGAGGAGCGCGCAAGGAGCCCGAGGUGCAGGUCUCUGGUGCCGCAGCCGCCUGUGAGCCUCUGCCGCUCGGCCGGACUCGCCAGAAAAGCCGAAAACCAGACAGUGCUGCACCAGUUCUGCUGUCCUGCACCAGACGCUCCGGACGCUCCUGAAGCCGACUCUCAGGCCUGCGUACCCAGCAGUAAAGACACUCCUUCCGUUUCUCCUGAGGGACCUGCACCUCCUCCGGAUGGAGAUGUCUCUACUCCACCUGCGGAUGGAGGAGGGGGGGAUGGAGAUGGAGAUCCAACGCCAGAGUCUCGAGACUAA